AUGGCUCCUCCGAGAUGGACCACAUCAGAAGAGCUUGAGUGGCUUCAGAAUGAGCUACCCGAGUUUCUGAAAAUGCAAAAAGAUCAAAAACUUACUCGUUUCUAUGAGCUCCUAUUUCCGAGGUGGUUUAGUCAGUUUCCAGAAUGCUUGAAAUAUUGGAAACCAACCAGUAACCCUCCUCCGUGCGAAGGGGAGGCAGUUGUUCAUCAGAAUGAUGACAGCAGUGACGCUAAUAUUAGUGACAAGAGCCGCCUGCUACCACUCACCCCAGAACAAGAAGCUGAGCUUGAAGAGGAAAAAGAGAUCCGGUGGAAGAAAUUGAGAGAAUGGUUCUGGAAUCACGCCAAAAGCAAAACAACACUUGGCAACACAUCAACAAGCAAAGCAUUUGCUCAACUACUGGGCCAGCGUUCUCACGGAGUUCGUGACCUGAAGGCUAUUGAGGUCUACUCAAAAACACACUACAAAAUGAAGAUACAAUCACUGGUCGAGGACGACAUCCAGCAAAACCAGCUUGAUUCCAAGAAGAGGAUUGGUGUUGUGCAGAAGUACAUAAACAGUUGUUUUGCAGCUGAAUCGGAAGACGUGAAGGCAGUGAUUUGUGAGGAGACCGUGCAGAUCAAUGCUUCCAGGAGAUUAGGAGGCAUUGGGUCAGGUGAGCACACUAAAGAGGAAAUUUAUCAUGCUAUUCAGGAGCUGCCCAUUGUCCUGGGACAGAUCUGUGAAGACCUGGCGGUACUGACGGGGGGCUGGCAUUAUACCAUUGUUAUGGAGGGUCCUGACCCCAUGUGCCAAGGGGAUAUCAUGACUCUAAGUUUCCACCAUGGCAAAGGUCAAGAUGGUCUCAGCUUCAAGGCUUCUAGACUGAAUUUCCAUGAGCAGUACCUUGUGCCAUUUGAACAGCAUCUCAGAACUGUAUUUGGUCGACCUUUGGUGGAGUCAUCUUUGUCUUCAUCAAUUCUCAAGCCACAUUUGCCGGUACCUUCUAACUCCACAUCACCAAAUGCCCAGAACAACUCAGCAGUUGAACCACCUUCCUCUGUUCAAGCCAACAGUAACCUCAAUGCAGGUCCCAAUUUUUCUGAAAUGUAUACCUUCCCUCAGGGCUCUCUAAUGGACCCCAAUUUUCCAGUCGCUGUGGCUGAGAUUGAGAAGUUCAUUUCUUCGAUUCCUCCACUGAUAGUUGAUAGCCCAGAUAAUCAAUGGUGGAACAGCCAAAGCCAGGACAUGCAAAUGGCUGCGCCACCACUCAUAAACCCUCCUCUGACUGUGCCUGGAUCGCCUAUUGAGUUGCCCAUGCAGGGCCAGAACAACUCAUUGGUAAGCUAUUCAUCCACCCCACCCUGUAUUUGCAGACCGCACUUGAAUGACUUCGCAUCACCUUUGUCCAUGUCUCCUCGACUCCCUCCUGUUGACUCCCUUCACACAGCCAACAAUGAAGGACAUAGUCUACCAGCUGCUGCGUCUCCUCGACUCCCUCCUGCCGACUCCCUUCACACAGCCAACAAUGAAGGAUAUAGUCUACCAGCCGCCACCAACUCUGAUUCUCUUCCAUCUGUUUGCGGCAUACCUGCACCUCUUAAAGACGCCACUGCUAUUCCCACUGUGCCAGACGUCUUGCUUAAUGCAGGAAGUGUUCCUCCAACUUCUGGCGCUCCUGGAAGACGCUCUAUUGGCGAUAACACCAAACCCCUCACUUCCAAAUGCAAGCGCAAAGGUGCGGCGUCAGGUUCCACAGCCCAUCCAGUCGCUGUGAAAAAGUCUAAAAAAUAA